GAGGCUGAGACGACUUUCCUGAGUGUUUACAAGCAAUUAAUCGAAGCUCCAGGUAAGCAACACAGCAGCGACCUGGCUGCCUAACGAGCGGCGUGCCGGUGCCGAGAGGAGCCAGCCCAUCCCGGCACGCCUGGCGUCCCCUGGUGCUCUGGAAAUACCCGCUGGAGAGAGGAGCAGGAACAGCUUUUGCCGUCGCUGGGUUUCAGCCCCUGAGCCAAAUGCAUCUUGACGUUAGGAAAGGAAUACAUUUGCUCAGCCCCUGUCAUAGCACCGCGGCCGUCCCCGCGUGUCUCUUUGACGACCCUGCUCCUGUGCUGGAGGCUGCCCGGAGCCUGGAGGACCGGCUGCAGCAGCUCCAGCGCCUCGAGCCUGAACCCACCCCCCUGAAAGACCUUGGUGGCCCCUGGAAGAAGCACCCGGAGAUUGUCAUCAUCAAAGGGCGCAGAGAGGGGACAUCCCCCGCGGCCGGGCUCGUGGCAGCGGCCGAGGCCCCACUCCCCAGUGUCGAGGGCAAAGCACUGAGCACUGACACCUCGCUGCAGAGAAAUGAGGCAGAAAAGCAAAAGGGGCUGCAGGAAGCACAGGUCACUUUGGCCACGCGGCUGGGAGAGGCAGAGGAGAAGAUCAAAGUGCUCCAUGCAGCACUGAAGGCCACCCAGACAGAAUUGCUGGAGCUGCGGUGUAAAUACGAUGAAGAAGCUGCUUCCAAGGCAGAUGAAGUAGCCAUGAUCAUGACAAACCUCGAAAAAGCCAACCAGCGGGCGGAGGCGGCGCAGAGGGAAGUGGAGAGUUUGCGGGAGCAGCUGGCGGCCGUGAACAGCUCCCUCCGCCUGGCCUGCUGCUCCCCGCCGGGCGCUGCCGGGGACAAAGUGAACUAUUCCAUGUGCUCAGGGUCGAGGCUGGAGGCAGCUCUGGCUGCCAAGGACCGGGAGAUCCUGCGGCUGCUGAAAGACGUGCAGCACCUUCAGAGCUCACUGCAGGAGCUGGAGGAGUCCUCUGCCAACCAGAUCGCCGAGCUGGAGGGGCAGCUGGCUGCCAAGAAUGAAGCCAUUGAGAAGCUGGAGGAGAAGCUGCAGGCGCAGGCAGACUAUGAGGAGAUAAAAACAGAGCUAAGCAUCCUGAAGGCGAUGAAGGUGGCUGCUGCUGGCUGCAGCCUUCCCCAGGCAAGUGCCGCGGCUCCCACCGACGCACUGGCCGGGCUGGGCUGUGCCUGCCGGCCCGGCCGCCGGCGCCUCCGCCGCCUUUUCCCAUCUCGGCUUGGCUCCUUGCAGACCAUAUCGAAGGCAGAGGAGGCCCUGCUGCUGGGGAAGGAGGCUUUCUAUCCCUCGCAGAAGUACCUGCUGGAGAAGCCCAACAUGCUGGCCAGCACUGAGGAAGAUCACUCCGAGGACGAGGCAGGGAAGGAUUCUCUGGGCCUGGAGCAGCCGUACCCGUCCCCUCAGCACGCCCCGUCGGAUGAACCCUCCUCCCCUGCUCCCCUCCCCCCUCCUCCCGGCCUGGCCCCCGACGGCCCCCGAACUUUCUCUCUGUCCCCCUUCCCGGGGGGCGAACGGCUUUUGGGGGACCCCAAGACCCCCAACCUCCAGCCACCUGCCUUCAAGAGCGAGAAUGCUGGGGGGGUCCCACCCUUCCCCUCCACUUUCUUGGGGGCUAAAAGCAGCACUGGGCCCCCCAGCACUGUGCCAGCCCCCAGCCCACCCAGUGAGCCGUCCGAGGGCAGCACGGGCAGCUCUGCCGAGGAGGAGCAGCUGGACACAGCCGAGAUCGCCUUCCAGGUGAAGGAGCAGCUGCUGAAGCACAACAUCGGGCAGCGGGUCUUCGGGCACUACGUGCUGGGGCUGUCACAGGGCUCUGUCAGCGAGAUCCUGGCCCGGCCCAAGCCCUGGCGCAAGCUGACGGUGAAGGGCAAGGAGCCGUUCAUCAAGAUGAAGCAGUUCCUCUCCGACGAGCAGAACGUGCUGGCCCUGAGGACUAUCCAGGUGCGCCAGAGAGGUAGCAUCACGCCACGGAUCAGGACACCAGAGACCGGCGCUGAUGAUGCCAUCAAAAGCAUCUUGGAGCAGGCAAAGAAGGAGAUUGAGUCGCAGAAGGGAGGGGAGCCCAAAACGCCAUCGGCGUCGCAGGCGGUGGCCAACGGGGCGGGCAGCAGCAGCUCAGAGGAGGCCAUCAAGAGCAUCCUGGAGCAGGCACGGCGGGAGAUGCAGGCACAGCAGCAGGCGCUGCUGGAGAUGGAGUCGGGGGGCAGCGGGCGCCCCGGGGAAACGCCGCCCACUGAGCGCUCCACGCUGGCCACCGUCAACCAGAACAUUGUCCCCACCUACGUCAAGCAGGAGGAAGGGAGCAGGGCCAGCCCUGGACCCCCACAGACCCCCCUGGCUGUCCUCUCGCCUGCUGCCUUUGUCCAGAGCAUCAUCCGGAAGGUGAAGUCAGAGAUUGGUGAUGCUGGCUCCUACUUUGACCAGCACUGGGCGUCAGAGCGGACCCUCCUCAGCCGACCCUUCACCUCCGUCUCACCUUCCCUCUCCUCCUCCUCCUCGAGCUACUCCAGCAUGGCCAAUGGCCGAGCCUGGCCGCGGGGGGAGCCCGGCGAGGGCGGUGCUAACGAGGACGAGCUGCCGCCGGCAGACGACGAGCCCCACCGGCUGGCGGAGAUGAAGGCGGAGGGAGCGGGCGCGGAGCCGGCACCGGGUGGUCGUCUGUCCUACUACCCUGCCUACGUGCCACGGACCCUGAAGCCCACCGUGCCACCACUGACACCAGAGCAGUACGAGAUGUACAUGUACAGGGAGGUGGACACGUUGGAGCUGACCCGGCAGGUCAAGGAGAAGUUGGCCAAGAAUGGCAUCUGCCAAAGGAUCUUUGGAGAGAAGGUGCUGGGACUGUCCCAGGGCAGCGUGAGUGACAUGUUGUCACGGCCCAAGCCAUGGAGCAAGCUGACGCAGAAGGGUCGGGAGCCCUUCAUCCGCAUGCAGCUCUGGUUGACUGACCAGCUGGGCCAAGGCAUCAGCCAGCAGCCGACCCCUUCCCAGGCCAGCCCGGUGGAGCCCCAGCCAUCCCCCUCGCCGCCUCCCAGCCCUGCUGAGCAGGAGAAGAGCUGCCAGGAGCCCCUCACCCUGGCCUUGGAGAGCAGCAAGGAAAAUCAGCAGCCUGAGAGCCGGUCCACACCUGUGCUGGGUGGGAAGACGUACCCCAACAGCCAGGGACCUGUGGGCAUCCAGGAGAUUGUGGCCAUGUCCCCUGAGCUGGACACCUACUCCAUCACCAAGAAGGUCAAGGAGGUCUUGACGGACAACAAUUUAGGCCAGCGGCUGUUUGGGGAGAGCAUCCUGGGCCUGACGCAGGGCUCGGUGUCCGAUCUCCUCUCCAGGCCCAAGCCGUGGCACAAGCUGAGCCUGAAGGGGAGGGAGCCCUUCGUCCGCAUGCAGCUCUGGCUCAACGACCCCCACAACGUGGAGAAGCUGCGUGACAUGAAGAAGCUGGAGAAGAAAGCCUACCUGAAACGGCGUUACGGGCUGAUGAGCGCCGGCUCGGACAGCGAGUCCCCCAGCGCCCGUUCUGAGUGUGCCAGCCCUGGCCUGCAGCCACAGGACCUCAGCCUCCUCCAGAUCAAGAAGCCACGGGUGGUGCUGGCCCCGGAGGAGAAGGAAGCCCUGAAGAAAGCCUACCAGCUGGAGCCCUACCCCUCCCAGCAGACCAUCGAGCUGCUCUCCUUCCAGCUCAACCUCAAGACCAACACCGUCAUCAAUUGGUUCCACAACUACAGGUCACGGAUGCGCCGGGAGAUGCUGGUGGAGGGUGCUCAGGACAAUGACACAGAUCCAGAGCAGAGCAGCGGGGUGGCCAUCCCGGGGCGCCGGGCCCCCCCCAGCCCCGACUCGGAUGCUGAGGACCGUAAACCUAUGUUUGGGGGGGCUGAGCACCCCUGUGCUGCUGCACCAGUGAAGGUGAAGGAGGAGCAGGGGGAGGCAAUUGGCUGGGGCCGCCAGCGGGACUCGCACAGCCCGGCCGGGGCGGCCGAGGGGACCGGACCUCCCCAGGAGGAGCAGGGGGCAGCCCCCCACGCCACUGCCCCCAGCACCGGCAGCCUCCCGCGGCGGGGGGGCCGUGCCAACGCUGGGGGACCCCCACCACCACUACACCCUGACAGCUCCCAGUCUUCCGCCAGCUCAUCCCGUUGCAGCUUGGAGGUCUCUCCAACGUCACCUUCAGCAGCCUCCUCGCCCGGCCUCACCAGCUCAGCCUCCCCAGGGCCGUCCUCUGCCGGGCCGGUUUCACCAGCGCUGCCGCCGGUUCCCGGCCCCCGGCUCAGCACCAGCGUCCAGCGGCGCCACGAGAAGAUGGCCAACCUCAACAACAUCAUUCAUCGCCUGGAGCGGGCUGCCAACCGGGAGGAGGCCCUCGAGUGGGAGUUCUGACCUCUCCCAUACCCCACCACCCUCAGUAUAUAUAUACACACAUCCACAUAUAUAUAUAUAUAUUUUGUUAAAUGCAGCACGCGCCGAGAGGCCACAGGCGGCCGGCGCCACAGAGGGAAGUGGCCCCUCUACAAAGUCACCCCCAGCUUUCUUUUAAAUGUGAAAAACUGGGAACAAUUUUAGAAAAGAAAAACAAAAACAAAAAAUAUUUAUAGACCUCUUUUAGAUAUUUUAAUAAAAGGAUACUUUGGAAUUUAUUAACAGCUUAAGCUGCUUUGAUAUUAAAAGAUAGCUAUAACAUCAAGAUGAUGUAGCAGUCGUGUCAUUAAAUGUACACUGAAGUCUUGUAGUUUGCCACUGGAUGAGAUUAAAAACAAACAAAAAGAAACCCCACAGCAAAGACUUCCUGAGCAAAGCCAUCGAGAAGCACUAUGAGACUGACCAAAUCAAAUGAACUUUUGCCCAGCAGUUCCCACCUCUGUCUGUAAGACACUGCGUCGCUUCUGCCCCAGCCAGAGACUGCCUCAUAGUCCCUGAAGACUCUAAAGUGAAAACCUUGAUGCCAUCGAGUAUGUCUUUAGUUCUGGUGGUUUUAUGUUUUUUGAAACCUUUGUAAACACAGAAUGUCCCGUGCGGUUGUAUAUGUUGUAGAAAUGUCUGCAAUAGCCUUCUGGAACAAGAUGUAGUAUGGUCCCAACAACAUCCCUCGUGCUUCCUCCGGCCAGCAAGCAGUGGCAACCCUGGCGUGGCACCUGCCAGCUCCCAAAGGAAGAGAAAACAGCAAAAAAAAAAUGAUGCAAAAGCAAAGGAAGGAACCGGUGUCCACCAUUUUGGGAACAGGUACCUGGGGGAGAUGCGCGGGGAUGGCUCCAACUUGCUGGGGAUGGGCAUACAUGGGAUCCUGGUUCCACACCCCCUGCCCUCAUCUGAUUGGGAAGGAAAAAGAUGGAGCCUCUGAGCUUUGCACCUGGGGCACCAGCAGCCAAAAAUGAUGAGCUGCCCACCAUGGGGGGUGAGCCCUGCUCGGGGCUGCACCCAGCACCACAGCCAGCUCCAGUGGCUGAAGCACUUUUUUUUAGGGAAAGCACCUGGGCAGGAGGAGUGUCCCUCUGCCCUGGCUGUGUCCCCAGGUGGUGGCUUUUGCAGCCAUGGGUCAGCAUGCCAUGGUUGCUGCUGGGGAAGCCAGGAUGAGCCCUGGGGUGUGACCCUAAGCUCCCACCUUUGGCUUUGGCUUGCCAGAGCUGACCUCCUGCAAAGGCACAGGAGCUUGGUGGUGGCACCACCCUGUGCUCCCACCGCCACCAGCCACCUCUGCCAACAAAAUGCCUUUAAACCAUGCAGGGUGGCCCAUACUGGGCUUCCUUGCCCUGUCCCCUGCCUGGAUGGCAUCAGUCAUCACCAACCAAGGCCACCACCAUCGGGAAGUCCCCCGCCAGGCUCCGAGGCUAUGCAUUGACUAAUUUUCCACUGUAGACAUUUUUAUCAGAAUAGAAGGUAUUUUUAUAUUCAAGGAGCGAUGCUCAGAGCGGCUCUGCCAAGGCAGGGCUCUCCUUGCCCUCCUGCCCUGCCCCAGCAAGCCCCAGCUUGCCCAAGGCCACUCUUUUCCCUGCCACCACACUGCAGAAGGUCGAGGUGUGACCAUGGACUGCUCUUCUCUGUCGUGUGCAAGCGGGAGCUUUAGUGGAACGGGAUUCGAGGAAGCACUUAGGAUAGUCUUGAACAUGGCAAUCCUGUUGUAUUAAAGCUGGCAGGACAAACUCGUCACAUUUUUGUUAGGCUCAUGUUCUGUACUUCAAAAGUUUCUAUAUGAGAUCGAUGAACUUUCUUUUAACAUUUUUGGAAGGAGCAAGUUCUGUAAGAGAGCCACUAAAUACAGAAGUUGGAUACAA